GUACAGGGACUGCAGUUUCCGACAGUCCAUACUAAAACGUGCUGCCUGGUACGUGCUCCCUGGUGGGGCCAGUUCUCCUUUGCAGGGAAAUGGGAACAUCCCCAGGCCACAGAGGUGCUGGGAGCUCUGGACCUUGGAGGUGCCUCUACACAAAUAACCUUCCAGCCCGGAGGUGCCACUGAGGACCAAAACACCUCUGUCCUCUUAAGGCUCUACGGCACCAACUACUCGCUCUACACACACAGCUAUCUGUGCUACGGGCAGACGCAGGCCUUGAAGAUGCUGCUGGCGGCUCUCUGUGAGGGCAGCUCUUCUCCCCAGCAGGUAUCGCACCCCUGCUACCCAAAGGGAUACCAGGAGAACGUCACCGCUGCAGCCCUCUACGACAGCCCGUGUGUCCCCACGCCGAGCACAGCCAGCCCUGCACAGGUCUUCACGGUGACGGGGACAGGAGACCCAGCAGCGUGCAAGACAGCCAUCGAGAAACUCUUCAACUUCAGCUGUGGGGCCCACAGGACGUGUGGGUUCAACGGCAUUUAUCAGCCCCCUGUGCAGGGGCA